AUGGGAGACGUACGGGGCUGCCGUAAUAAAAACUUUUUUCGCCCUUUUGAAGGAAGGGAAGAUGCUGCUCAAACGGAGCGAGAUGGUUCUUUCAUAACUUCUGUCAGCCCUUAUGAUAGCUUUUUGGCAGAGAAGUUCAAAGAACUUCCAUCUUAUACUUCAGAGCUAGGAAAGAAGAAAUCUACUUUUGUGAAAUGGAACCUCCAGAAGCUAAGUCUCUUUGGGGAUAUAAGCAUUCUGCAGCAACAUGGAAGUAUAUCUAAUACAUACCUCGGCAAGGUUGACCCUGAUGGCAAGAAGAUUAAGCAAAUCCAACAGCUGUUUGAAGAGAUAUUAGGCAAUAGCAGGCAAUUGAAAUGGCUGUCUUGUGGGUUUAUGCUGCAGAUAGUAACUCCCACGUCGUUGUCCUCCUUAUCAAACCCCAUAGCCAACACCAUGGAACAUCUGAGCUUACUGGACAACCACAUCCCUGGUAAUACCACCCUUAUCACUGCGGUUGAAUUGGAGCGCUUUGUCAAUCUGCGUUCACUUGCUUUGGAUUUCUGUGAUUUUACAGCUGAAAUGGCAAGAGUCCUGGCUGACAGCAAUCAUGUGCCUUUGCAUCGACUGUCUCUCCUGGUCCACAGUGUUUCCAUAAUGCACAAGUCAUUGGACAGUAUGCCAGAAGAUGAGAAUUGGAAGGCGCUGACUCGCAACAGCACUAAUCUUCGGGUCUAUAUAAUGGCUUUUGAUGUCAAGAGUGAUGAUAUGCUAAGGAUUCUUAAGCCCAGUAUCCCUCUAGAGAGGAUUCACUUUGACAGCUACAUCACUUGUGUUUCAGGAGCUGUUGUUGACCUCAUAUCGAGGCAGUAUGACAAGUUCCUCACUCAUUUUAUACUCAUGAAUGAUGUGAUAGAUAUGUCUGGCUUCCCAGAUCUUAGUGACAACCGGAAUGAAGAUCCACUUGUCUUACUAGCCUGGAGGUGCACAAGACUGUCUCUCCUAGCUGUUCAUGGUUACACAGUUUGGGCUCAUAAUCUUAUUGCAAUUGCUCGUCUUCGAGGCUCUGACCUGAAAGUUCUGGAAGUCACAGAAGAAAGCAUUGAUUUUGACCAAGGAGAACUGGCUGAUCAGGAUGUGGAUCCAGUACACAAUCUCAUUGAGCAAGUAUCUCUCGGAUUGGGUCGACCUUGGCACGCGGUAAUGGACAUAGAGCUUCUCAGUGUCUUCACUGAGCCAACCCGUCACUUUUACAGAGAGAUGCAAAGCUUCAGUGAAGGCAUUUAGCUCCUAUUUACAAUUCCUGUGGUUACAUAUGCAAGUAGGGUCCUAUUAUGUUUUUUUCAGUAGCGUGAAUUAACCCCUUUUGUGCUGUGUUUAAUCAGUAUUAGCUAUAUAGAAUUAUAUAUGUGUAUUCUACUUCUUGAUCAAAGAACGUAGUCGGGUAUUGGUUUAGAAGCUGCAAGUGGCAGUGUGCAGGGUUUUCACGGUUAAUGGACUUGUCUACCAAACCUUACAGAGAUGCAGCCAAGGGCUGUCUGAGGUUGCCGGCUAACUUGACUUUUAUGGAGUAGCUGCAUUUUCAAUCAUUUUACUCUUAUAUCGGAGUUCUGUGCUCAGGAGCCAACUCUUUGUAA